GGGGAGUUUCUUACAAAGCGCAUGCAAUCCCCACAAAAAUUCCCGGUGACUUCAGAUCCAAGGAGGUGGUGAUAUUCAUGGGAGCACGAUUCAAACUCUCACUUGGAGUAGGAGUACAGCUUCAGCAGCCCUGGAGCCAAUGCGCUGCUCUCUUUGCGCCUAUUUUUGUUGUUUAACUUAAACUAAAACAGAUGGAAUAAUGUUUGCUUAAAACAACAGUUUUUCAGAGCUGGAAGGUGAAAGGCUCAGAGUUUCUAACUUUGGACUGUAGUUAGGUGCUGAUUUGACAACCUGUAUAGACAUUCUGCGCAAAGUCUUACCUGGGCAUUAUGAAGAGGUAUCCAGGCUUUUUGCAUUCUUGGGAGAGGAUGCCGUCUUGCUGAACUCGUGUAGCUUAAUCGAAUAUUUGAUUCUAUUUUAGUCACUCUCCAUAAUACUGUAACGCGAUCUGCCCUUUUACGCGGUACUUUCGAAACUUUACAUGAUCAAAAUGGACCGUGCGGGAUUUGCUGUUUUGAUGGUUUUGACUGUUGCACUGGGUCGAAUUGGUGACUGUCACAAGGACACAACAGGUGGGAGGAAAGAAGGUGCAGGGGCAGGCCGGACGGUCUGGAACCAGCAGCAGUCCCGGGUGAGGAGUCAGGGCCACUCGCCAAGGGGUCCAGAGGACGCUGCUUCCUCCAAACCAUCCGAUGAAACUUCUCCCGGGACCAGCCAAUCUAGGACUCUGGUCCGCCUGGCCAGGGGCACACCAUCCCAAGGGGAUGACAGGCACAUAUCCAAAACAGAACCACAUCAUGCUGCAGGCGCCUCCCGGGAAGACCUCGUCUCUGCGCCGCUGGAUGGUGCGCUGCGCACCGCAAGACACCCGGGCAGCCAGCAGCACAGAAUCAGAGUGAACCGCAGGCAGAGCAGCAAGCCCAGCUCUGCCAGCACAAGGAGAUUUGUUGGGCCUAAUGUCUGUGGAGGUCAGCAGUGCUGCUCAGGCUGGGCUUUGGCACCAGGAACCAAUCGCUGUAUAAAACCUGACUGCCAGCCCCCCUGCCAGAACCGUGGCUCCUGCAGUCGGCCACAGACCUGCGUGUGUCGCUCAGGCUUCCAGGGGCCCCGCUGUGAGGAGGUGGCUCCAGAGCAGGUGUACAUCCGUGAUGGAGGUGCCCUGAGGCGCGUUCAACCAGGGGCCAACCCUUUCCAGAAAGACCAACCACGGAGAAGGCCCUCAGAAAGGCAGGCCAUCGAUACUACUAAGGUCCAGACCCCACGACCUGCGACCACCAGACAGCCUGUGACCCAAGUGAGACGGGGACCCUCAGACUCCUCCCCUCAGCAGACUGGGACCUCCCGCACCGUGAAACGUUAUCCAUCAUCCUCUGGGCCUAUUACCUCCAACGCUCUACCCAGCAGCAACGGCUACGCUAACGGCCACGGCAGUGAGCACAGGAACUGGCAUGGACACAGAAAUGGGCAUAGCAACGGGCACUCCUUUAACACUCACAGGCCUACUAGCGACAGCCACCUGCACGGACAGUUCAACAAUGCAUUAUUACCAGCAGGGGCCAACCUCACCUCCAACUUGGACCGCAUUAAGAUUGUCUUCACACCCAUGCUGUGCCGCAGGGUGUGCAGUGGCGGGCGCUGCUACAACAGCUGUGAGAAGGGAGACAUCACCACGGUCUACAGCGAGACCUCGCACCACCAGCAGCAGCUGCAGCAGCAGCAGCAGCCAAAGAACCACGGCUUCCGACUCUUCUUCUGUCAGAUACCCUGUCUUAAUGGAGGCCGAUGCAUCGGCAGGGACCUGUGCUGGUGUCCAUCAAACUCAACAGGGAAGUUUUGCCACCUGCCAGCCCCGCCUCCUGCCAUACCCACCCCUCACAGCCACAAAGAUGCCAGCCACCAAGGACCAAAAUCUCCCUCACAAUCCAUGUACACUCUACCACUGUCCAAUCAGCAAGUGUCUCUCCACCCAUCCUUGGUGAACGUACACAUUCAGCACCCUCCAGAUGCCGAAGUCCAUAUCCACCAAGUAGCUCGGGUUCAGCCUGGGCAGAGACCGGCCACCACAGAUGGGGCUCACUCUGUCCAGCAGCGCUCCAAUGGACAUGAACCCACCAAUGAGCAUAGCAGCAGGCACCCCCACACCAAUGGGAAUGGCCACGCCCAACCGCACAACCGUUACAACGGACAUGUUGGAAGAUGCUUUCAGGAAACAGUCGAUGGACAGUGUGGCAAGCCUUUGCCAGGCCUAACCAAACAGGAUGAUUGCUGUGGAAGCGUGGGCACCUCCUGGGGUCUAAACAAGUGCCACAAGUGUCCAACCAAACCAGCAUAUGCAGUAAUUGCAAAUGGACAAGUGGAAUGUUCCAAAGGUUUUAAACGGAUGAAUCUCACACACUGUCAAGACAUCAAUGAGUGCCUGUUGCCUGGGCUCUGCAAGAACGCUGAAUGUCUCAACACCAAAGGAAGCUACAGGUGCACGUGUAAACCAGGCUUCAUGUUAGACGCUGACAGGAGCCACUGUGUCUCGGACAAGGCUGUGUCUGACCAGAGGGCAUUCUGCUACCGAUCUGUGUCAGCAAACACAUGCUCUCUGCCGCUUGCUCAACACAUCACCAAGCAGAUCUGCUGCUGCAGCCGAGUGGGCAAGGCCUGGGGCCCUUUGUGUGAUCACUGUCCUUUGCCGGGAUCAGACCAUUUCAAGGAGAUCUGCCCAGCUGGUCACGGAUACACCUACUCACGCUCUGAUGUGCAGAUUUCUCUCAGACAGCUGGAGGAAGAUGAUCUGCAGAGCACAGGAGUCUCAUGGGAGGAGCAGAGCCCCACUUUCCCUCAGCCUCCAUCCAUCCAGCCCUGGCUUCUGCUGCCUAGCAGGCCACAAUACCCCAGCUAUCCACAGACGCCACAAGUACCCCAAUACCCUGAGUACCCUGAGACACCACAAGGACCUGGGUACCCUCUGACUCCACAGCAGCCUCCCCAUCCCUCUUACCCAGCCAGAGAGACACCUAAGCAUUCGGAAGAUGUGGAAAUUCUGAGACCGCCAGCUGUUGUGACUGACUCACCACUGAAAUAUCCAGAGACUUCUCCAGACUUCUCCAUCAGCAGGCCAGAUUCAAAGGACACAACCCACACACACUCAGCCACAGGUAUUGAUAAGUGUGCCACCACCCCUUCCAUAUGUGGACGUGGGAAAUGCAUUCCUGUGCAGACUGGUUACACCUGCCACUGUGAGCCAGGAUUCAAGCUCAGUGCACUGCAGACCAACUGCAUUGAUGUGAAUGAAUGUGACGAGGACCCAUGUGAAGGGAAGGGCCGCUGUAUGAACAACUAUGGCUCCUAUACCUGUCAAUGCCACAGUGGUUACAGCCAGGUGAUCACCCAGAACAGGAAGUUCUGUCAAGACAUUAAUGAGUGCAGCAUGCCCAACAAGUGCCAGAAUGGUGAAUGUGUCAACACAGAGGGAUCUUACACCUGUGAAUGCAACAGUGGCUUCGCCAAGUCUUGGAGAGACCAAUGUGAAGAUGUAGAUGAGUGCAGAGAUCCCAGCUCCUGUCCCAACGGUGUCUGCGUCAAUACUCCCGGCUCCUUCCAGUGCCAGACCUGCGGCCUGGGGUUCAGGCCUGUCAGUGAAAGAUGUGUGGAUGUAAACGAGUGCUUGAACCAAACAGUGUGCGGUCGUGGUAGGUGUGUCAACACCGAGGGCUCCUAUAGGUGCAACUGUUUCCAAGGUUACAAGCUCUCACCAGACCACGUUUGCCAAGAUGUGGAUGAGUGUGUGCUCCCUGGAGUUUGUCUCCACGGCCGCUGUGUCAAUCUGGACGGCACCCAUAAAUGCACCUGUAACCAUGGUUACCAACUCACCUCAGACAGCAAAGCCUGUGAAGAUGUCAAUGAGUGCGCAACUGGUAAUGUGUGCCCUGCGGGAAUUUGCAUCAACACUGCAGGUUCCUACACUUGCCAGAACUGCAGGCCUGGGUUUGGACCAUCUGCUGAUGGACUGAGAUGUGAAGAUGUGAAUGAGUGUGCCCAGGAUGACUUGUGUCUUGGUGGAGUGUGUGCCAACACGGAGGGAUCCUACUCCUGUACCAGAUGUAAGGCUGGCUACAGAGUGUCUCAAGACCGGCAGCGGUGUGAAGAUGUUGACGAGUGCCAGUCUCUGUCUACCUGUGCCAAUGGGAUCUGUCUAAACUCGGAAGGCUCUUACACCUGUGAGAACUGCCCUACAGGGUACAGGGUAUCAUAUGACGGGGAGCUCUGUGAAGAUGUGGAUGAGUGUUUGGUGGCUAACGUUUGCCUGGCCCAGCUGUGCUUGAACACCCCAGGAUCCUACACCUGCAGGAACUGUGGAGCCGGCCUGCAACUGUCUGAGGAUGGUUACAGCUGUGAGGAUAUUGACGAGUGCCAGACCCCAGGUGUGUGCCCCAUGGGUGUUUGCACCAACACAGAGGGCUCCUUCUCCUGCGUGGCCUGUGACCCAGGCUUCACAGUGGCACCCAACGGGCUUUUAUGUGAAGAUGUGAAUGAAUGUGAGGACCCCAGCCAAUGCGUGGGAGGCCAAUGCACCAACACCAUUGGUUCCUAUAGGUGCUCCUGCCCCGCUGGUCUGGAGAUGGUGGAUGGGACAUCCUGCAGAGAUAUCAAUGAGUGUUUAACCAUUGUUGGGAUCUGCGGAGAAGGAGACUGUCUGAACACUAAGGGCUCCUACACAUGCAUCUGUCCUGAUGGAUAUACCACCAUCGAUGGAAGGACUGGCUGCCAAGAUGUGGACGAAUGCAGUAAAGACAAGGUGUGCAUCCGGGGCGAGUGUCUUAACACUGAUGGCUCUUUCUUGUGCUUGUGUGAGGCUGGCUUUAAGUUCAACACUGACACGGCUGACUGUGAAGACCAGAAUGAGUGCAAGGAGUUUGGAAGCUCAGUGUGUGGUACCUGGCGCUGCGAAAACACCAUCGGCUCCUACCGGUGCUUCAUGGGCUGCCAGCCUGGCCUCGAGGGAGAAGACGCCACAGACUGUGAUAUUGAUGAAUGUGUCAAUGAAACUAUCUGUGGGAACCACGGCUUCUGCGAGAACACAGACGGCUCCUUCCGCUGCCAGUGUGACCAAGGCUACACCAACCUGCCCGAAGACAUGAGCAAAUGUGUCGAUGUGAACGAGUGCGAGAUGAGCUUGGCGCUGUGCGGGGAGGCCCUGUGUGAGAACUUCGAUGGCAGCUUCCUGUGCAUCUGCCCCAACGACAAUGAGGAAUUUGAUCCCAUCACCAGCCAGUGCCGCUCCCUGGCUGACCCGACACCCACCGCUCGAGUCCCUCCGUCCGCUCCCUCAGCUGAGGAGAGGAAAGAGUGUUACUAUAACUUGAACGACGCCAACUUCUGCGACAACGUCCUGUCUCGCAACACCACUAAGCAGGAGUGCUGCUGCACGGUGGGGGCAGGCUGGGGGGACAACUGCGAGAUCCACGCCUGUCCUCUCCCAGGAAGAGAUGAUUAUAACCAGUUGUGCCCUCAUGGCAGUGGAUUAUUACCCCUGCCUGUUGCCUCUACACAAAUCCUGGGAGAACAGCAACCUUACAUAGAUGCAAAUGAGUGUGAGAUGUUUGGAUCAGACAUUUGUAAGAAUGGACAGUGUUCAAAUCUCUUUUCUACCUAUACCUGCUAUUGUCGCUCUGGCUUCUACUAUGACAACAUCCGGCUUGAGUGUGUGGAUUACGAUGAGUGUGGAUUUGGAAGUGCCUGUGAGGAUGGAGCGUGUGUGAACACGGCCGGGUCUUUCAACUGCUUCUGCAGUCCUCCAUUAGUCCUGGACAGCACACGACGGCGCUGCAUUGGUCUCAACACCACAGAAGAAACUCCAGAGCCUGAUCACGAUGUGCACAUGGAUAUUUGCUGGCAGCGUCUGGAGGGGUACAACAUGUGUUCAGAACCCCUCCAGGGACGCAGAACUACAUACACUGAAUGCUGCUGCCUGUACGGCAUCGCCUGGAGCGGACAGUGUGCCUUCUGUCCCCGGAAAAACUCUGAUGACUACGCAGUGAUGUGCAACCUGCCUCGGAGAGAAGGCACAGACAGUCUGCGAGAGAGGCCAGGAUACGAGUACGGUCUUGAGGGGCCAGAGGAUCCUGCGGAGCCUUUUGUUCCUCCAUACUGGGACAGUUAUGGCAGCCCUGCAGGACCCUAUGACAUUCCUGAGGGCUUCAAUGACAAUGACUACAGCGUUCAACAGCCACCUUUCCGUGUCCCCAUUUCACGACCACGGCAGCAGCAGCCACGACCGGUGGAUUCCUAUGCUGAGCGCUACGAUGGCUUUGAGGGUCUCCGAGCGGAGGAAUGUGGAAUCCUGAACGGGUGUGAAAACGGCCGCUGCGUUCGUGUGCGAGAAGGUUACACCUGUGACUGCUUUGACGGUUACGAACUUGACCUAAACAAGAUGGCCUGUAUAGACAUAAACGAGUGUGAGGACAUCAGCGACAAAGUGCCCUUGUGUCAGAACGGGCAGUGCACCAACACAGAAGGGUCGUACAAGUGCACCUGUUUGCCGGGCUUCAUGGCCUCCGCAGAGCCACACAAAUGCAUCCCAGAGAUCCCAGCAUCUGGGCUUGUGGAGACAGGAAACUGAGACAGACUGCCGGCUAUUCCUUCUCCCUUAAAGAUCACCUUACACCCCUCUGCCCUUUCCCCCAAGGGCCUCGCACUAAACCUCCAACAGUACCGCUGAGACGUCCAAACUCUUUUCCCGACACACACAUACAGACACAAAACGCAAACAUACACACAUUUCACACAUGCGCAUUCAGCACAGAACACAUUCAUCCCCCCUCAUACACAUUCAAGAGGAACAGGAAUUGUGCAGUGAAUGUAUUACAUGGGAUUUAGUAUUCACCAGAUAUCCAUUUGCCUUAAAGGGAUUUUGUGGACUGAUCUUGUUUUAUUCAGUAACCCCAGGCAAUUUGAUAUGCAGAUAUAUUUUCCACAUUUUUUUUCUCUGUCACUUUCUUUUUGUUGUGUUAUUUAUUUCAUUUACAUGACGGGCCUUUGCAAACUAAGAAAGCGACCUAUUUCAGAGAGCAUACUUGAUUCCUCUUGUUUUAUUUGCCUCACCAAUUGACCUCAGAGACAGCGUGGGGAGAUAAUAAAUGUCUUUUGUCAAAGAAGGAAUGUCAUAAGACAUCAGUCACUCAUAAAUCAGCUUGUGCCUCACUGUCAAACCUCUCACCAAUUUCCUCACUCAGUCGUAAUUAGCAUUGACCUUGGACUAAACGGAUGCCAGGGUUGAUAAACAUCAGACAUUCACAGACAGAACUUUUCCCAUAACUGCCUUUUUAUUCUUCAAGAUUAACCACAAGCUAAAGUUGAAGAAUCUCUGGACCAAGAAGUAAGAGGUCAACACAGCCAAACGUACACAUUUCAAACUUUGGCCUUUACCUGGACCUGGAAAGCCUGUAGAUGUAUAUGCUGAUCUAUGUAAUGUUCAAAAAAGGUGCAAUAGGUAUAACCUGCCUUCCUCUGUUUGACACCAUUUAAUACCAGCGAUGAAGAAGGACAACAUGGAUUCAGUUGCUGAUCCCGAUUUUUGUUUUCUUUUUAACAGUAUUAAUUUAUACAUCUGUAAAAACCAUAUUUACCAUGACUCAAAGUUUGAUUCCAGGCUACUUCUGAAACCACAGGAAGGUAAAUUAGUUGAAAUGAUCCACAAAUAUCACAGCUUAAAGUGAAAGGUUAGUUUUAUAUACCAGUGUCACACACGCAAAAGGCUCCCAGCUCUCACAUAAGACCAUUCCCAUGUGUGCAUCUCUGAAUGCAUGUAAAGACACAGGCUUCGUUGGAGAGGUUUGGUAUAUUUUGUACAGAUCUAGUACUAUGUAUUAUUUUUGUUACAUAUUCUCUUAAUGCAUUAUAGCACAACCAAUAUUUUGUUUGACAUAAAACAUAAAAUGUAAGAAAAUCUGGCAUUAUAGCUUUGUAGAUGUAUACAUGUCUGUAAAAAUGUUUUUUAAAGCAUAUCUUUUUAUGUAUGAGGAGAGUGGCUGACACUGUACCAGAGGAACUGUGUGUAUACCCUGCCCUGUGGAGCAGACAAUGAAAUGUAAUUUUUUGUGGAAGUGGCAGCACUGUUCUAAUCACAGACAUUUCGUCUCUUCAAGUUCAUUACAAAGAUGAUGCUUUUGAAAUGCAAGCACUAACUUCUGUGCGUCACACCUUUAUGGCUAAAUAUAAGUAAUUGUGAACAUUAUUUCUUUUAGUCUCUGUUGGAUCCUUAUGUCAUGAAUGUAUCAUAGACAGUAUCGACCUUCUCAUGUGGUUUCUGAACUCCCACUUAUACCUUUUUUGUCUUUUAUAUUCAGGUUUAGGAAAUAAUGGCAUUACUUGUCUAAUGGACUGAACUUCUCUCAGCAGUGCAGAAACUUAAAAGUCUAAUUCUAACUUUGGAGGAUGACUAAAGUUGAUGACCUAAUCCUAAUUAACAUGCAUUCAUAACUUAUAAACCCAAGUUGUACAAAUGUUUCCACUUGAUGUCCACUGGACUUGACUGUGCUGUUCAAAUCAUCAUACUAGAAGUCUAACAUUUAGGUCACAGUUGGAAUAUUUAAAGCCUUCAAAACCACAAAUAACUAAAUGUCUUGUUGUAAAGCUGUGGUCAUUGAAAAUAUCAUGCUCAUUAAUUUUGUUUACCUCUUGACUGUAAUCACUAUCAGUCAUCAAAAAUAAAAACAUAAAAAAUAUCAA